AGCAAAACACAAUAGAAAAUUCUAGGACUGGAAGCUUACUCAAGAUAAUUGAUCUGGUGGCCUCAAUUUCAAGAAGAUGCCCAGACAUCUUAAUCUCUGGGGGCAUGACCAGAACAAAGAAGAAAAGUAGAUAUAGUGAGUGGAUUCAUGUGCAAAAACCUCAAACUAACCAAAAAUGAACAUUGAUAUAGUUUCCACACAGUUUAUUAAACCUUCUUCUGCUACACCAUCUCACCUGAAAAAAUUCAGGCUCUCUUUUUUAGAUCAAUGCAUGCCUGCUCAUUUUUACCCUCUCAUAUUCUACUAUUACUACGAUGAGACCAGCAAUAUUACACAAUCUACCAUGCGUUUUCGGCUGAAGAGUUCACUUUCUGAUGCCUUGACUCAAUUUUAUCCCUUGGCUGGAAGAAUGGAAGGGCAAAGCUUUGUUGAUUGCAAUGACCAAGGUGUUAAGUAUCUGGAAACUCGGGUUGAUUCUAGGCUCUCGGACAUUAUUGAAUUUCCUCAAGUUGCGGUGUUAGACCAGCUGAUUCCAUACAAUUUAAGCGAUGCCUGUAUGCUGAAAGCAGAAGAACAGUUAGCCAUUCAAGUUAAUUUAUUCAACUGUGGUGGUAUAGUACUUGGGACUUGCAUUUCUCAUAGAAUAGCAGAUGCUUGUACCUUAAGCAAUUUCAUGAAUAGUUGGGCCGCCAUUGCUUGUGGGAAGAGCAACAUAGUAUUUCCAUCCUUCAACUCUGCAGUUAUGUUCCCACCAAGAGAUUAUUCUCUGAGCAGCAUGACAGAUGCAAAAAAUCAAGUAGUUAUUCCACCAGUGGACAGACUUGUCACCAAAAGGUUCAUUUUUACUGCCUCGGCAAUUUCAGCACUGAAGGCAAAUGCUGCGGAAACCUUGCAGCCCACACGGGUCGAGAUAGUUACAGCUUUCAUAUGGAAAUGUGUGAUGAAGAAAGGAAAAGCAUCAGCUGUUUUCCAUCCGGUGAACUUGAGGUGUAGAAUGGUGCCACCCCUUCCAACGCAUUUUUUUGGCAAUAUGUUUCAGAUGGCAAGUGCAGUUAUAAGUGGCCAAGAGGCCCAAGACUAUGAGCUCAGCUUCUUGGUGAAUGAAUUAAGGUCUGCUUUUGCAAAAAUAAACAGUGAGCAUGCAAAGGAAUUACUAGGCAAAGAUGGAUAUGAAUUUGCAAUAAAUAAUUUCAAAAAUAUAGGUAAACUGAUGUCCCAAAAGGACAUGAAAGUGCUAAGGUGUACUAGUUGGUGCAGAUUUCCAAUUUAUGAGGCAGAUUUUGGUUGGGGAAAGCCCUGUUGGGUGAGUAGUGCUAGCUUUCCUACUAAGGAUACAAUUAUUCUUUUAGACUCUAGACAAACUAGUGGAAUAGAAGCAUGGGUUAUAAUGGAAGAGCAAGAUAUGGCUGAAUUCGAGCAGCAUCAUGACCUUCAAGAGUAUGUUUCAUCUUACCCAGAAAAAGAAAAAACUUCAGUCUCUGAGUAACAAUUUUGGAUAUCUGAUCAAGGGUCAAUUUACAUUCAUAAACCAAAUAAAUCGUCAAGGACGACGAUUUGGGCCAUGCUGACCCAUAUGCCAGAGGAUCUUCUCAUGAUCAUAAACCAUUAUUUUGGCUUUUAGGAAUUGCUUGGCUCUGUGGCAUCAAGACUGUGUCCUACUAAUAAAGUAUAAGUGUGUAUGAAAUAUCCAUUAAAAUUUUGUUCUUCAUUCUUGAGGUGUGAAUCCUGCAAUUAAAAACACACUGAAAGGAUGUAUUCUCAAGCCCUUGUAAGAUCAAAGACUCAGAUUGUCUAUCACUUGAAAAAAUACGUCAAAUAAUCUUUUUUCAUUCAA